AUGAAGUACAAGCGCUCCCCACUAGGCCUGACGAAAGCUGAGCGUUGUGCUAACUACACGAUGCGCGCCGCCAAGCUCAGCAUGUCAAUCAAAGUCACUCCAGACCUUUGCGAUUCCAUGGCAGCUCACACUCAGAUUUCACAUCAUCUCAUUUUGAUCUGA